AGAAUAUACCUUGCAAGUAGACAUCAAUGGGCAUUGCGUCGCAUCCAAGCACCGUUUCCCCUGCCAACUCUCAUAGAGCAACUCCUACCCGACAUCAACACCAUUGAGCUGUUGUCUGUAGUUGCUUUGUGCGUUGCUAUGAUGUAUCUAGGCUCCCAUCACAGAUAUGGAACGGCUACGGCCAUGAUCGUUGGUCUCUUCACGGCAACUGUACCAAGAUUCUCCCCAGUGACGGUGCUGCUGGGAGUUACCCUGCAAGAUUGUGUCAAGUACCAUCGGUGGUUUGGGACUUUGAUGGUGUUUGUUAUGCUGCUGCAUGGAGCACUGACUGGUCUCAUUACCAAGUGUACCGAACAGAACCCUAGGAGCUGUUUCCUGGGCGGUCGCAGUAACAAGUCUGGUGCGGCCAUCGUGCUCAUCUACGCAUUGCUUUGGAUUGGAACGUUAGAGAUAGUCAGGUAG